UUCGAAAGUCUGAAUGUAAAGUGCAUAUAUUACCUGUAGUCAGAUAGGGCAAUGGUUGCAAUUCGCAUUCUGAUUAUCGAAUUACACUUAUCCCUGUCAGAUGAAUGGAUAGUUGUUUUGAGGCAUUUCACUAAGACGUAUGAAAAACAUUUGGUUUCAUAACAAAAAUGGUCUAUUUGACUUUCUUCUAUGUGUGAACCAAGGAGUCUUAAGAGCUGAAGACCCAACUGGCAACACAUUAUUCCAAGCAGCUGCCGUUUUCUAUGGUUGUACGAUAUAAUCUUGACUACUGGUGUGUUGUUACCUUUGAUGUCCGAGGUUCGAAGCCGCCAAUAUCAUUGGAAAGCUUGAGUAGAGAUUCUUUUCACAAAUAAAUAUCCUUAAUAUUUCACUUACAAUGUAUGAUAGCAGCUUUAAUUUGUGAAAAAUAGCAACAUUUUACAGUCCUAAAACCUGCAAUUUGACACUUUUCCGAUUACUUCCGGGUCACGGAAAUAAAAAAUCGAAUUUGUUCAUGUACAGUUCUUUAUGAUGUUAUUAGAGCCCACACAUGCCCAGUCGAGUAAUUUCCAUUAAUAUUGCAGGAAAUUGUGCUCCAUUUCCUUGCGCUUGCCUCAUGUUAAGGUUAGCACUGUGUACUGCUCGUAUUAUCAGACGAGUGGUAGCAAAAAGUAUUUAUCAUUACAAAAGCAUAUUUCCCUUUGAAAGUGGCCUGUUAGUUUGCAGCAAGGCAGGAAUCUUUUGUCUACGCAUCUGCAAGAAAGAUCCAGUUAAGCACAUGCCUGACAUAUUUUCUCCUGGCGGCAUCGAAGAUGGUUCGUAAGGAAUGAGCUAGAUAAGACUCCAUCUCUGAAAACUUCUUGAUGUGAACUCUGUCUUAAUGGAAUGUGAGCUUUCCGACCCUCAUCAUUCCGUUACCUAUGAAGACAGGAUCGUCAUCAGCGAGCAGCGUCACUUGAAACAGCUCCGCCCGUUUGCCGUCUGGUGAUUUGACUGACAUUUGCCCCCAGCGCAUCAGGGAUAUAAAGACAGCAUUGCCUCUGGUUCCGACUUCCGAGUGCUUCGGAGAUAAUUGGCCACUGACGUUGGUUCCAAUCGAUGCAGGGAUAUGACACUACAGACGUUGCCACUAGUUUCUCAACUCCAGGAAUAAUACAUAUAGCGUCAAAAUGAAGGUAGCCCUCGCUCUCCUCGUCGCCGUCAUCGGCUUCAGUUUGGUAGCCGCCGAAGACAACCUUGAAGAGAGGCUGAAGAUGGCACUGAAAAAGCUGCUUCAAGGGGAUGAGGUCCUGAACCUUGAGAGUCGUGACACCAGGCGAGCUUGUCUAAUGGCCACCAGAAACUGCAACGAUCGUGGCAAAUGUGUUCAAGACAAACGAGAAGAGUGGUAUUGCCAAUGCGAGCAACCUUACAUGGUCGGUGGAUCAGAGUCGUCCUGCUACCUCCCAGUACCCGAGGGCAAGAACGACCUUAAGAUGGCCGCUUGCGAAAGGGACACCAACAAAUGCGACGGCCACGGCAAAUGUCAUAAGAGUACCUUCGGCAGGGGCUACAUCUGUCUCUGUGACGCUGGUUACGCGAGUAACUCAUACGGCGGUUGCUCAGAGGUCGAUGCCCGCGAGAUUGAGUCCGCUCGUAACGUAGAACUUGAGAUGUUGACCCGUGACACGUUGGCUAGAUGAGGGUUACAGGAACAAUCUCUACGGUGGAUGUUCACCUAAGUCAAGUGAUCAAGACGAAAGUGGACAGAACGAGCAAGAGUUCAAACUGGACAUUCUAAGACGUCUGGCCAAUCUGCUUACGGAAUAAAUAUUGCGACGCCCUCUCUGUUGGAUUCAAAGAAUUCAGGCAGUCAUCCACUUCCAUUUCUUAUUCUCUGAACAAUUAAAGUUUUAAACGUGAGGAUCAAUCGUUGAACGUAAACUUUUCACUGGAUGUAUCAUUUGUAAUACUGUGACUGUAGCUUUCGCGAAAUUUAAUGUAAAACGUUGAUUUCUUUUAUUAUUCAUUACAUGUGAGUCGUAUUGAUCUAUUUGUAUAUUUCCAUAAUUUCCAAAUAUUUCAAUAAAAUUUCGAACUAUACAUA